GUGACACGCUCGACAUUUCAUCCUUCAUGGGAGGGGUUUCAUGUCCCUGAGGCUCGUAGUGGGGGUGGGAUUCCAAUCCUCAGUAUGGAGUGUCACAAUAAUAAACCUCCCCAACAAUAACCCUGAUAGAGUAGCAGGUGGGACUGUUCAAAGGUGAGCUGGCAACACUCUACAUCUCUAGGCUGCCUACUUGCAAAAGGGAGGAUUGAAGACUGCAGUGCUGGAGAGAAGGCAUAUUGUGGGGGGUGCUGCUGUCACGGAGGAGAUUAUCCCAGGUUUUCAUUUCUCCAGAGCUUCUUACCUGCUCAGCCUCCUAAGACCCCAGAUUUAUGAAGAGCUGGAGUUGAAGCCACCAUCCUCAAGCCAGGCACUGUGACCUGCUUUGAUGAGUAUCCCAUUUGUCAAAAAGAGGCAGACUAGCAGAUCAUAGGCUUAUGAAGAGACAUGGCUUACAAGUGCUGCCUCGUGACCCUUAUUCCUUCACCCCGUUGCUGGAGGACGGCCAGGGUGGGAGACCUCCUCGUUCACUGUUGCUGGGAAACAACAUGGCUGAGACUCAGAAACAGAUUGCUCAGUUCUCUGCAAAGGAUGCCCAGGCCUUUCCCAAAUAUGAGGCUUUCAUGAGCCGCUUGGUGUCAGCCAUAGAUCCUCUGCUCGAUACCUGUCCUGUGGACGUAGCUGUGCUCAGCCAAGGCUCCCUGUUUCAACGGCUCAAAGCCUUGCAAGGACUACGAACCCUAAUCCAUGCAGGCUUUAUCCUGGGCAAAGAUCUUCCCCAAUAUUAUGAAGUCCUCACAGCCCCCAUUUCUAAAAUUUUGGAUUUCUGGUUUGAGUCGGAGCCCUUGAAAGCAACACUGGCAACAGAUGCUGUGAUUGGUGCCAUGGCUAGUCCCCACACACCUGGUAGUGGGUAUGUGCUGCUGCACCAUGUAAUGGGUCAGAUAGAGGGUUGGCAGGGAGCCUGGGGCUAUGUGACUGGUGGCAUGGGAGCACUUUCCCAGGCCUUGGCCCGUGCUGCAACUGAGCUUGGGGCUGAGAUCUUCACUGAGAAGAAAGUUGCUCAGAUUCUUCAGAGUUCUGAUGGAAAGGUGCGAGGUGUUUGCCUCAAGGACGGAACUGAAGUGAAGAGCCGCCUAGUGCUCUCCAAUGCAUCUCCACAACUCACCUUUUUAGAAUUGACCCCUCAGGAUUUUCUACCUGCAGAAUUUGUCCAGAGAAUCUCCCAGUUUGACACACGCUCUCCAGUCACCAAGAUCAAUGUGGCUGUAGACCGGUUGCCCAAUUUCCUAGCGGCUCCAAACAGCAGUGAUGGCCGCCCUUCACCUCAUCACCAAAGCUCCAUUCACCUCAAUUGCGAAGACAUACAAACUGUGCACCAGGCCUUUGAGGAUGCCUGCCAAGGGAGGCCAUCUUGCCGGCCCAUGAUUGAACUGUGCAUUCCAUCUGCCCUGGACCCAACUCUGGCUCCCCAAGGUUGCCAUGUGGUCUCACUCUUUACUCAAUACACCCCCUAUACCCUGGCUGGAGGGAAGCAAUGGGAUCAACAGGAGAGUGAUGACUAUGCUGACCAAGUAUUUGAUUGUAUUGAAGCCUACGCACCUGGGUUCAAAGCCUCGGUCAUCGGUAGGGAUGUUUUAACACCUCCAGAUCUUGAACGGAUCUUUGGUUUACCUGGUGGGAAUAUAUUUCAUGGAGCCAUGUCUUUAGACCAGCUGUAUUUUGCCCGGCCAGUGCCCUCUUACUCUGGCUAUCGGUCUCCUGUCCAAGGUCUCUACCUCUGUGGAAGUGGAGCUCAUCCCGGAGGAGGAGUCAUGGGUGCUCCGGGUCGCAAUGCUGCCAGGACAGCCCUGGAGGAUUUCAAGAACGUAUGAGCCAAUAGGAACUUAUUUUGCUGCUGUGACUCAGAAUAAGAGACCUAACCAGUUUGCAAACUAAUCAUUCCAGCAAAUUGGGCAGGGGGACACCCUCUGGAAGCAAAUCUGCAGUGAAGCAUCUUUAAACCUGGUUUGAGAGAGACUUCGCAAAGAUUGCCACCCUCAAAACUGGUUGUUCCCAACAUGCCAUGGUUAGGGAAUGUUGCUGGUCAGUGUUCUUGCAGUCAUACCCAAACAUGCUAUACAAGAACAUUGAUGAGAACAAAACCAACCUUUUUUUGUUUUGUUUCCAACUUAUGACAACUUUUUUAUCAUGGGCCUUUUUUUUAGCAAGAUUUAUUCAGGGGGAGAUUGCAUUUCCCUUGCACUGAGACUGAGAGAAUGUGAAUCGCCAAGGUUAACCAGUGGGUUUCCACGGCUGAAUCCUGGUCACCAGAGUCCUAGUUCCAAUGCUCAAACCAUCGCACCAUGUUGGAUCUCAAACCAGCUUUACAAAUCAGCUCACAGACUGUUUUGUGCUAUACUAUUCUGCUUUCUUAUUGGUGCUUUUUGUUGGGUUUCAUCCCUGGACUGCACAAGAUUUUAUGUCACCAGGUUUCUAGUCCUCAAUGAGUAGCUAGACUAUAGACAGGGCUAAGCUGAGGGAUUCCUUUCCCCAUAUUCCUAUGCAUGUUUUCCUUUAUGGUUUUGCCUUUUGUCUUUAUUGCUAGCCACUGUCUCCUCCCCCUUUGAUGAUGUAGUAAUGGAAUUUCUGUUAGGGAACUUCCUCUUAAAUUUAAACUGCCCUGGGUUGACCAUGUGGUCUCCACCAUUUUAGGGUCUCUUCUGUUUUUCCUUUCUCCCUGUGAGGACAAACGUUUUGCCUCUCUCUAGGCAAAAUGUAGCUGCAUGGAUAUUUUUUUACCUUUUACCUUCUUUAGAAUAUGAGACUUAGUAAGCUAGUUAGAUCCAAGACCUUUCUAUCAAGAAUGUAUUUCUUUUUACUCUAAUAAAUAUUUUUGAGCCAAUCCUAAACCAUCCUAGGGAUUAAGAAGCUUUUCCUUUACACCAAACAUAAGUUUCUGCUGCUACUCCUGUUACUCUGCUAUAUUUUGGUGGAAUUGCCCCAACUGAGGGUUAUUUUUGAGCCUAACAGCUCAGAUUCCCCAACACUCUUGAUUUCUAAACAACCUUCCAUUUUCUCCUUGGGCUAGUUGGAAGAUAAAAUCUAUUCUUCCUUCUGAGGGAAGUAGAGAUGAAAGUCUGGACAGUUAGGUUAGAUCAGUGCUUCUCAACCGUUGGUCCUCCAGGUGUUUUGGUCUUCACCUCCCACAAUUCCCAACAGCUGGGAUUUCUGGGAGUUGAAGUCCAGAACACCUGGAGGACCAAAGGUUGGGAACGACUGGAUUAGAGCCUGUUAGAUCCUGUCCCUUGACCAGGAGUAUCAAGACCUGCUGGAUUCAGGGUUUCAGAAAAGGUCUUACAGCAUCAGGAUAUCUUCCAGAAGUCUCAGCUGUGCUGAAUUUAUGUGGCAGAGCGUCUUAAUAAUUUCUAUGCAUCAACUUGUUAAAGCAAGAGGGAGCAGAGAGCAGCUGUCCAGAUGUUGAACUGCAACUCUCAGCAUUCAUUAUCAGCUAUACAGUUGGAGGUUGCACUUUACCCCCAUGCUUGUCUUAUAACAUAGGCAUUUGAGAACUAUGGCUCUGAAAGCUAAACAACUUGCUCUCUAUCUCUCUGAAAAUAAGCUUAAUGUCUAGACGUUACAUGGUCUCUGGGAGCUCAGAAACAGAGCCAAGUUUUGACAAUAUCACCUUAGCGAAGGGACUAGGACAGUCUGCUGCCAUUCAUGCCAUCUGACCUUGUGCUCCCUAUCCAAAGCUAGCCAUGCCUGGCUGAGCUCCGGUCCAAAAGAGCCAUAUUUCUCACUAGCAAAGAGCAGCUGCUUGCAAACACCUUUCUGCGCCCUGACUGCAAAUCCAGCCUAGAGGUGGCUGCAAGCCAGCUGCCCACUCUGGCAGGGCGCCUGUUGUGUUUUGCAGGAAGAGGCGUCCGAUUCACAAAUCAGUUGAGCCGGCAUUCUUGGCUUCUGUCCAGUUCCAUUCCAUUGAAACCAGUGGAAAUAAAUCAGCUUAAAUCUAAAUACCCAACUUUAAUUGGCACAUGGACUGCAGCCAAAAGAGUGUCAACGCAGUAAGGGAAAUCAAUAACUAACUUUCCUCCAUAGCGAUGAUGGAUUGAUUUCAUGUGAAGAAAUGAUUGCAAAAUCAUUGCAGGCUAUAUACUUAGAAAAUAUGUAUCAAAGAUUAAAGAGUUUUUUAAAACCGAAAA